UUGGGUGUCCGAAAAUAGUACAGUUUGACAUAUGUACGGCGGAAACAUGUAGUUUUUAUUUUGAAUGUCGUCGUUUGGCGAAUUUUAUUUUAUGAAAGUAUUCCCCGUGUUACCGUAGAUGAUUUUCGAUAUGGAUUCCGGAGGCAGUACUAAGAGGCUGGGUGAGGGUGGCGACCAGCGUUGGUACAUCGACUCCACGUACGCGUCCUCUCUGAAGGUAUCACUCCGGCUCCCCACUAGACAGUUCCUAGAAGAAUACUAUCAACCAACGCUACGUCUGAGUCAACUUGCCAAAUACGUGAUGGCGGAAGUAAAAAUGCCGAGCGGCCAUAUAGACCAACCAGUAAUUGAAGACAACCGAGAUGGAACAGUCAGUAUCAAAUACGAUCCUCGGGAGGAAGGUGUACAUGAACUCUAUGUGAAGUACAAUGGAGAACACGUACAAGGAUCACCUUAUAAAUUCCAUGUGGACUCUAUUUUUUCUGGUUACGUAACCGCAUAUGGUCCUGGUUUGACUAGCGGUGUCAGUGGAGAACCAAGCCAGUUCACAAUAAGCACCAAGGGUGCUGGUGCUGGUGGACUGUCUAUGGCUGUUGAAGGUCCCAGUAAAGCUGAGAUCACAUGCCAUGACAACAAGGAUGGUACCGUCGCAGUAUCUUACCUACCAACGGCACCUGGAGAGUACAAAAUCUCUGUUAGGUUCGGAGACAAGCACAUUAAGGGAUCUCCAUUCAUAGCUAAGGUCACAGGUGAAGGUCGCAAAAGGAACCAAAUAUCCGUCGGUAGCUGCAGUGAAGUCACUCUUCCUGGCAAAGUCAAUGACAACGACAUCCGCAGUUUAAACGCCUCCAUCCAGGCUCCAUCUGGCCUUGAAGAACCAUGCUUCUUAAAACGACUGCCCUCUGGUAACAUUGGUAUUAGCUUCACACCUCGUGAAGCUGGCCAGCACAUUGUCUCCGUCAAGAAAAUGGGUGUUCACAUUCAGAAUUCGCCUUUUAACAUCACCGUUCAAGAACAGGAAGUUGGUGAUGCUAAGAAAGUCAAAGUCGCUGGAACAGCAUUGAAAGAAGGCAAAACUCAAGGCGAGAACACCUUUACAGUUGAUACAAGGAAUGCGGGUUACGGUGGUCUCUCAUUGUCCAUUGAAGGUCCAAGUAAAGCUGAGAUUCAGUGCGCGGAUAGCACGGAUGGCGUUUUAGCGAUCAGUUACAGGCCAACGGAACCCGGCUACUACAUCGUCAACCUUAAGUUUGCCGACCACCAUGUCGAAGGAUCUCCAUUCACAGUUAAAGUGUCGGGCGAGGGCAGCAACCGCCAGCGCGAGAAGAUCCAGCGCCAGCGCGACCCCGCGCCGCUCACCGAGGUCGGCACCAACUGCAAGCUCACCUUCAAGAUGCCGGGCAUCACGUCCUUUGACCUGGCAGCGACAGUCACUAGUCCUGGCGGUGUGUCAGAGGACGCUGAGAUCCAGGAGGUGGAAGACGGCCUCUACUCUGUACACUUCGUGCCCAAGGAGCUGGGUGUACACACCGUGUCCGUCAAGUAUAGGGAGAUACAUAUUCCUGGAUCCCCCUUCCAGUUCACAGUUGGUCCUCUUCGGGAUUCUGGGUCCCAUUUAGUGAAGGCUGGAGGUGCUGGCUUGGAGAGGGGAGAAGCUGGUCGUUUCAAUGAGUUCAACGUGUGGACCAGGGAAGCCGGAGCCGGACAACUCGCCAUCUCGUUGGAGGGUCCCAGCAAAGCCGAGAUCGACUUCAAAGACAGACGGGACGGAUCGUGCGACGUGUCCUAUAAAGUGGAUGAGCCAGGUGAAUACCGCAUUGGGCUCAAGUUCAACGAGCAGCACAUCCCAGACUCACCCUUCAAGGUGUACAUCUCUCCAGCUGUAGGCGACGCGCAUCUUCUGGAAGUAGCUCAGUUCCCAGACUCAGCUCAAGUGGACAAACCUACACAGUUCUACAUAAGGCUUAACGGCGCUAAGGGCAGUUUGGAUGGCAGGGUCAUCUCCCCAUCAGGCAAGACAGAUGACUGCUUCAUCCAGAACAUCGACGGUGACCAGUACAGCAUCAGGUUCAUGCCCAGAGAGAAUGGUGUCCAUAACAUUAAUGUGAAGUUCAACGGAGUACACAUCCCGGCUUCUCCACUCAGGAUCAAGGUCGGUAAAGACGACGCCGAUCCAGCUGCUGUUCACGCGCAUGGUCCAGGUCUCGGAAGUGUUAAAACAGGUGCCAAAACUGAUUUGAUAAUCGACACGUGCAAUGCGGGCGCUGGUAUCCUGGCUGUUACCAUGGAUGGUCCAUCCAGGGUUGCCAUGGACUGUACUGAGGUUGAAGAAGGUUACAAGGUUCGAUACACACCCCUGGCCCCCGGCUUCUACUACAUGAGUGUGAAGUAUAACGGACAUCAUAUCGUCGGAUCGCCUUUCAAGAUCGAAGCGUCUGGUGAAAACCUGGCCGAAAUCGGUGCACAAGAGACAUCGUCGGUGACAGUGGAGACGGUUCAGAAGGUUUCAAAGGGCGCUCAGAAGCAGGGUCCAGUUCUGCCACACUUCAAGUCUGAUGCCACGAAGGUUACGAGCAAAGGCAUGGGAUUGAAGAAGGCGUACCUGAACAAGCACAAUCAGUUCACAGUGCACGCUGGUGAUGCUGGUAACAACAUCUUGUACGUCGGCAUCUACGGUCCUAAAGGGCCUUGCGAUGAAGUUCAGCUCAAGCACAAGGGCAAGAACAACUAUGAGUGCUGGUACGUCGUCAGGGACAGGGGAGAGUACAUCGUCAUCGUCAAGUGGGGCGAUGACCACAUCCCCGGAUCACCCUACAAGGUGGAAGUCUAAAUAUAGUCAAUCUGCGUAUGUAGCACCAUCUGUACCAUCAUCUAGUAUUAUAUCAAAUAAAUGAUUUAAAUCGUGUGUAUUUUCAAAAUUAUGUUUAGUUAAAUUCGUUUUG